AUGGGAGCAUUACCCGAGAAGUGUGAUGAUCUGGGUCCGUGCAUGGUCACUUGUAUCGUAGAUGGGGUUCAAUUUCUAGAUUGUAUGUGUGAUCUCGGUGCAUGUGUUAGCAUUAUGCCUCUUUCCAUCUACCGUAUAUUGAGGCUACCACCAUUGAAGAGGUCGGCGGCAAGAUUUAUUUUGGCGGACAAGAGCAUAAUAAUUGUGACGGGUGUUGCGGAAGAUGUAUUGGUGAAUAUAAAAGGGUUGGUCUUUCCUAUUGAUUUUUACAUUCUUGAGAUGCCAUCGAGCGAGUCUGAGAGGGCAUCGUCUAUCCUACUUGGGAGACCAUUUUUGAGGACCUCUAGAUUCAAGUUGGAUGCCUACUCGGGAACCUACUCGUUUGAGAUAGAUGGGAGAGUCGUGAGUUUUAGCCUAGAAGAAGCAAUGAAGCACCCACCGGAGAAUCAUUCUCUAUUUCGGUGUGACCCAAUUGACAACAUUGUGGCCGAAGUGCAUUUUACAAAGUUAGAUGACAAGCAUAUGAUUGAAGACACAAGUGAAAAUCCAAGUGAAGCGAACGUAUUACCCCAUCCAGAUCAUCCGGAAGUUCAAGCCUCAAGUCAAGACCAAAAGGUAGAAUUAAAGCCACUACCACCCCACCUAAAGUACUCAUACAUUGAUGAAGCCCACAAGUUCCCCGUGAUUAUUGCAAAGGAACUAAAUCCUCAACGAGAAGAAAAGUUGCUAUGUGUCUUGAGGAAGAACAAAAGGGCCAUAGGGUGGAGCUUGGCGGAUCUAGUGGGAAUAAGCCCCCAAGUAUGCGAGCACCGAAUAUUUCUCGAAGAAGGAGCUAGACCCGUUUUACAACCUCAAAGGUGA